ACGUCUCAGGCCCCUGAUUGAAUGUCCCCUCCUGCUCCAUGAGAAACAUCCAGGUGUAUAAAACGGGAGCAGAGCUGAAGGCUAGCAGAAAGACAGAGCAAGGAAGCACCGCAUCAACCGAGUGGACAUACAGCGCCGGCUUAAGACCAGGACCUUGGAGAGCGAAAGAACCAAACGCAGACAACUUUCUCUAGAGUACAUGUGUAAAGCGAUGUUACAACGAACCGGCCCCCAGCUGCUUCUCUUAAUAGCCCUGUGCAGUGUGUUGUACUCCCGGACUCUGAGUCUGCCAUACACAUCCAUGAGACCGACAAGACACGCAGACGGUCUGUUCACCAGCGGAUACAGCAAACUCCUGGGACAGCUAUCAGCGCGGAGGUACCUGGAGUCUCUGAUCGGAAAGCGGGUCAGUGAUGAGCUGAUGGACGAGCCAGUGAAGCGUCACUCAGACGCCAUCUUUACAGACAAUUACAGCCGGUUCCGCAAACAGAUGGCCGUCAAGAAAUACCUGAACUCAGUCUUAACAGGAAAGAGAAGCCUAGAAGAUCCUGGAACCAGCGGCCCAGAGGAGUCCAGGGACGAACCCAACACUUUCCAGGAGAGCUAUGAUGAUAUCAACGUAGAUCACCUCCUAAACAACUUUCAGCUGCCACUUUGAGGAGGGGCCUGUGCUCGAGUGAAUACCUCAACUCAUCCUCAUGAAACCGCCCAUUCCAAAAACGCCACAACUAUACGACAGUAUUAAUCCAAAGGACAAUCAAAGUCAAAUGAACCAACAAUGAUGUGUUCUCCAAUGUGGAUAUCUAUCUAUCCAUCCACACAGUACAUGUUUACACUGUAUAUAUACAGUAUAUAUACACAAUACUAAUCACUAAAGAUUCUGGCCCAAAGACUCUGUGGCCCGCACUGAGUAACAUGCGUGUCCACAUGAGGUUUGGUCAAUCAGUAUUUGAAGAUGGCAACUGGUAAAAGUAAAUAUAAGCAGAAGUAGCACAUUUACUUUCUUUCUAAAAAUCAAUGUUGUUCCAUUAACUUUCAAUGAAAACAAAUGAAAAAGUUUUAUAAGGAAUCUGUCCCAUCAACCUUUAGUUACAAAUUUGACCUGUUGAAUAUAAACAGAACAGCAUUUACUUCCACUUUUCCAGUUAAUCUUACAUGAAUGCUAGCACCAUUAGCUUUGAGUGGAAUCACUGCUUUGGGACCAGUUGUACUACUUAACCUGAACCAUGGCCCCAUUUACUUUUAAUAAGACAACACUUGUAGAAAAUUGGAAAGUUUGUCAGAUAUUGUUUCAAGAUCAAACUUACAAUAGAACCAUUUUGCAAUCACCUAGGCUUUGCCCAAUUAAUGAAAAUUGUUCCAUUAACUUUCAAUGGAGCACUUAAAAUUAAUUUUCAUUAGCGUUCAGUCUAAUAACUGCUUUGUAGGAAUUUCAGUGCAAUAUUUUUCAAAUUAUUUUCAAGGAAACUGUAGUUCUUUUAAUUUUUAAUGGAAAUAUUUUCCCUGAAAUUUAUCCCAUUAACUUUCAGUUUAAUAUUUGACCCGUUGAACGUCAAUGGAACAACAUUUGUUUUUAUACAUUAAUUUUAUUUUCAGUGUAUCUAGUGAAGCAUUUGUCCAGUUAAUUCAAAUGGAACAUCUGUGAUUGCAUUCUGAUGAAUUUUCACCGACCAAUAGUUCCAUCAACUUCCAUUACAAAACUCCAGCACUAUUGGCUUUCAGUAGAAUCAGUGCUUUAUAAAAAAAUUGUAUUAUCCCAUCUACCUUUAGUAGAACAAUAGCUGCAUUUAAUUACAAUGGAACUAUUGAUUACACAUGGGGAAAUAAUUUGGGUCAAGUUUCAACAGAACAUUUGUUAUAUUAAAUUCAAUUUAACCGUUGUCCCAUUAAUUUUCAAUGGUGCAAUCAUGAUCUAAGUGCUGACUGAGUUGUAUUAGAGAAUCCAAAUGUGGUCAUUUGAUGAUAAAACCAUGAUACAAGAGAAAAAGGAAGGGGAACACAUUUUGAAUGGACACAGAUGCAUAUAAUCACUUUAUACUAUUCAAUAUGUAGAGCAAAGAAGUUAUAACUGUGCAUAGACCUGCCUUUAGCGCAUAUAGUGAUGUAUACCACUCACCAAAUAAAAGAUGUUGGUUUAUUUUUCAAAGCUGA